UUCCUCAUGCCUGGCAUCAGGUUCCCGGGGGAAAGGGCGGAGAGUUGGCCCCGAGUGUGUAACACAAGUAACCGACAGCAGCGCGGACGGGGUCGGACGAACCGGGAAACGAGUGUUACGUUGCGAAGCGUCGGCGCAGCGGGUUUCAGCGGAGUGACAGGUUGACGCGAGCCGGGAGCGGGAAGCCCGCUGGUGUCGGGAUGAGGCGGGCGGCCACGGGGGUCUACAAGUACAUCAGAGGAGCAGUCGGUCGCUAAGUCCCUGCAAGUGAGCGUCUGCCCCCCCUGCGGCUGCUGGAUGUCCCAUGGCAGACAGGCGGACGAGAGACAUGACCGGCCCGGAUCUGAGCAGGACCACGGCGGCCCGGGCCACUGCUGUGGCCGAGCAGCUGCACCACGAGUGCUCCAUGUUACUGGAGCUUUAUAGAAAGAAGGAGAAUUUCACUCAUGCUGAGAUGGUGGCUGAUGGUCGCCUGGUGUCCGUCCCUCCUCCUUCCUCACAGCUGGACACCAGGGACACGCUCUGGCGCCUCCACUCUGCUCUGCUACAGUGCCGCAGCUUGCUGGAGAGAGCCAUCGCCAAAGAGGAGGAGGAGCUGGGUGGUGGCAAGAAGGGCGACUACGAGACCCAGAGGAAACUGGUGAAGGACCGACUCUCACUACUCUUAAUCAACACAGGGGAACUCCUCAGAGCUGCAGAUGGCACAGUGGUCCUGACACCCAAUUUGGAGGGAUUGGAGUUAGAUGGUCCGACCAAUCUGUUUGAGCUGAAGCUUUGGGUUUAUCGGAUCUUCAAGGAAGUGGACUACUGGACCAAGACGACCAUCACCACCUUGCAGGGCCUGCCUUCGUUGACGGCCAAGGAGCGAGUGAGGACCACUCGAGUCAGGAGCAUGAGAAGCGCCCGGAGAUGAGAGACAUGGGGAGUGUGUGUUGGUGAAUUGGAAUAAUGGGAGAGGGAGAGACAAAGUUAGAAAUGGAGAGGUAAGAGGGUGAAGGGAUGAAAAGAGGAGAGUGUAGGGGAAAUAGAUGAGAGAUCAUCAUGUGCUCAGAGAGACACACAGAUCCCUACUGACACAGGGAGAUGAGUUGUGUUUGGUUCAUUUUACAGCGUGAAGCCCCCUAUACAUGAACAGAGUCUCCAACCAUGUUCAUCAUUACAGUAACGACAGCUUUCGGUGCUGUCGAAGUAUUUAUUGUUAACAUUGUAUGAUGAAAUCUGAGAUAAUGAGUCAGGGUUAAGAUACUGAGUUCACUUCUUUCUUUCACACUUUGCUAUCAAGGAAACAAAACAUUGAGCUGUAUUUCACCCGCAAAAACACCUUACUCCGUAACGUGUUCCGUUUGCAUGCUUUACUCCUUUGAUACAGCUGAAGUGAUUAUUUAACAUAUACUGCCGGGUUCCACUGCAGCCGAGGGAAGAAGCAGUUAACAAGGGUAACAUUCUGAUGAAAAUGAGAACAUUUGAAUUCAUACAAUUCCAAGACUGUAGCUCUGUAAAUUUGAAUACUGUGGCUUUAAAUAACUCCAUAUAAGUUUUUUACCUGGGGAUGUGCAGCGAAUGAGGGGGGAAAAAACGUGUAACAGCACACUCUAGUGUUUAGAUGUUGCUAUUGCAUAUAUUUAUUUAUUCUUUCAUUUCUUUCUUUCUUGAUGUUCCCCAAUAAUGGCAAUUAUGUUAAAUUAUGCUGUGUUCUUAUAGGUUUUUGUUAUAUUGUUGGGUCACUUUGCUUGCGAUGAAACUGUACAAACGUGGCACCGGGUAUAUUGACAUAUCACAACAAUCAACAGUGCAAACACAUGGACAAAUGAAUAGGCACCAAAACGGGGAGUGUAGUGGAAAUCUGCUAUAAAAUUAUUUUGCAAAUAGUAAAAGUCUGCAAACUCAAGUGAUGAAUAAAUUAUGAUUAAAGGUCUAGUAUAAUUAAUGUUUUUGUGAUACUGAUUCUAGGGAUUUAAAGUCACAGCCCAGUAAGAGGGAUACGGAAAUCAUGUCCUCAAUCACAUAUUGUAUUUUGACUGUCAGCUGAAAAGGAGUUGUCUCCGUCAUGUGACCAGCUAUCUAUCCACUGGGCAGCUUCAACUCGCGCUGCAAUACUGGACGUACACUGUAGUUAAUAUGUUAACUUGUAGUCGAUUGCUUAUAUUGUGAUCAUGUAAAUAAAUAAAAAAUAACCCACGCAUGCCACUCUGUUAAUCCGUCCUGGGCUGAAGCACUAAUUAAAUUAGCAUCAGCCAUAAACUCAGAUAGUCUUUAAUAAUGCAUACGGCUUCGGGGCAAGAAAAGGAGAAGAUACUGUGAAUUGGAUUGAAUUCUGUGUAGAAUAGUUGUGCCUAGAUAACCAAUACGAUCUGUGAUAAUGUGGAGCACAAAGCAGACAAAAGAUUUGAUGGAAGAGAGGUUUGCUAUGUAAGACCGUUUUUUAGUGUAAGGGGACCAUAUUACAUUUAAACUUAAAACUAAGUUAAGGGCUGCGGAUUUCAUUUAGUUAAUGUUUGCCAUGUUACAUGCUGUAGGUUGAUAAACUGUUAGGUAGGUGCACUGGGAGUAUAAAAGCUUGGAUGUUGCUACUGGAAGGAAACAUGAAUGCGUUUUGUCAUUUGAUCUGAGUCCCCAUCGUUAAUUUCCAGAUUAAAUGUGACCCCUGAGAAAAAUAUGAGCUACUGUGCAUGUGCACUUAAUGAAGAAUGAAAAUACAUCAUAAAGAUCAAAUGCAUCAUAAAUACAUAAUAAUAAGUAAUUGGAGCACUGUACUUUCUAAUGUGAUAUACUGCGAAUACAAUACAUGUAUUGCAUUUGUUGUUCUGUAUAUGGAUUUGGGGAUGUGUUAUGUUCUUUCUUUUUUUAUCUACUCAGAUGAUGAACUAUCUGCAGGACUACACAGUGGAUAAAUCGUCUUAAUCUUUUUUUUCUUCUUUUUUUCCCCGAAAGGAUUUUCAGGCUCUGUUCUGUUAUGAGUUGCUUGAUUUGCUGGCCUGGUUGGCCCCGGAUCAAGACAAGGGAACUUAAGCCAAAGUUUGAAGUUUGAAUAUUCUGCCAUGACUUCAAAGGCUUAGCAAAGAUAAAUACAAUACCUUUAAAAAUGAUAUGAAAUAAUUGUAUUUAAUAGCAUUUUACUGUGGAAAGUUGUGGUCACCAAGAUCGUGGUGGUGUGAUUUUUCUUUUGAGUGUGUCUUUGAUGCAAUCCUGUUGUUGGUCUGAAUGCAGCUUUGGAGUCCAAACAUGAACUUUACUGGGAAAAAUGGGGAGUUUUUGGUUCCAACAGCUUCAUAUUAUUGUUUAUGAGCAACACAUAUCAGCUGUGAGUCAUGGACUGAUCUACACAAGACCCAUGAGCUGCUUUCAGACAUGAACUGAAGUCCUGACAUUUUUCCUGAACUUUUCCUGCCUGCCCUCUUUUAAGAUUUCUGUAAAAUCUCUGAGUGAGCCCAUCUGAGAAUAUAGCAGGAAAAAUCUCCGGAAGAUUCACGGCGAGCGGGUGGGCGCUCUACUUAGGCACCACCCCUCACCUUAGGAAUUUUCCCAUGGAUGCGAAAGGCAUCUGACUCGGACAAUCCCUCUGCUGCGUUUUCAAAUGUGAACGGCAAACUCUGGAAAUUUUCAAAAUCCAAUUUUCUGGACAUUUUGAUGUCUGAAAAAUUGUCAUUUAAGUCUCUCCUUCUCCUACAGUUCAUAUAAAGGACAGCACUGUGGUUACAUUCCUGGCAAAAUGCUAUUGAUUGAUUGUUUGCCCAAAUGUUUAUAAAUAUUUUUUUACUGUGUCUUCUUUACAAAUGUAGUUUGUUACGCCACCAAGUGCCCUCUCUGUUGACCUCUGGUGUAUAGAGCGAGCUGUAGAUAAAUGGCUCACAGCACAAAGAGAGGAUUAGGUUACCAUCACAUCUGUCUAUAAGCAGCAAGCAUACAGUAGGAAGCAGCCGUACUCAUUAGAGUUGUCAGCUUGACCGUAAAGAAUGUAUGGUUACCCCUCUUUAUCUCUGCUGGUCAAGCGAACAUAUUGACUUAUUUAUGAAUUGUUUCAGUGUCAUUGCCAUUUAUCUUUGGAGUUUAGGGUCAAGCAACAAUAAUCCCCAAUCCCGCAAAUGUGGUUUUAUCUGUGUAAUGACUGUCCCACUGGCCCCCGAUAAAAUGGUCACACAAGAGAGACCAGACACCGAGGCUUGAUGUAAUCUUUGGGCUGACAAAUUUGUUUUGCAUUUCCUUUUAUCGCUGUUGUCCAAAAGUCUCAAAUUAAAUCUAUAUUCUCUUGAGCUUUUAUUGCAAAACCCCUUUCAGACAUGGAUUCUGUAACAUUGCUGGAUUCAUUGAUCUGUUCAAGUUGCAGGUGUCUGGCUCUCUAACAUACAGCAGGCCUCAGUUGACUCACACAUGACACAUGAGUGUCAUGUGAUGGUCACUUGAUGUUGGCAAGACUUGGCAGUGUAGCGGGAUUGCCAUUGGCAAUUAUUUUCACGAUAAUUACAUUGAUUUAUUAUUUUGUGUUAAUGUUGAGACGUUAAAAAAGUCCACGUUACAACAAAUGAUAUAAAAGAUUAGAAAUACAGCAGACAAUCAUUCUAGAACCUGCAACAAGUGUAACUUUUUCGUCAGCUCCUUUGCAAGUCACCAUACACGUUAAUUAACUUACUGUCAAUAAAUACAAAUAAAGAUAA